GAAUUGGUGUCCCUCUUCAAUUUUCACAACUAUGACAACUUGCUGCAUUGCACCCGCAAGAUGGACCCACGCCGUGAAGGAGAUGAAGUUAGGAACAAGACUGUUGUGAAUCUGCUGUUUGCUGCUCACAGUGGAGAUAUCUCUGCUCUUCGGAGGUUUGCCCUAUCAGCUAUGGACAUGGAACAGAAAGACUAUGACUCUCGAACAGCCUUGCAUGUUGCUGCAGCUGAAGGACAUCUGGAGGUUGUGAAGUUUCUGAUUGAGGCCUGCAGAGUCAAUCCUUUUGUCAAGGACAGAUGGGGAAACAUUGCCUUGGAUGAUGCCAUCCAGUUUCACCACCUGGAAGUGGUGAAGUUGCUCAAGGAUUAUCAAGAAAGCUACAUAUUGGGUUCCAGAAAGGUCAAGGAGGCAGCUGAGGAUCUCUCCAAGGAGAAUUUGGAAAGUAUGGUGUGAGAAUGGUAGUUUCUACAAUUGCUUUAUUAGCCCUGCUAAGGACUUGAACAAGAAGAUAGACAAAUAGAGAGAGACAGAGAGAAACGACAUCCUCCUCAUUCCAAACUACUCCAUCCGGUUGAGCAAGGCGGAGUUGUAUUUUUCCAUAACUGUCUUGUACAAGAGACUCUCUCUGGUGAACCUUGUAUGAAAGUUCAGUACUCCCCUUUGACAAUAAAAUCCCCAGGAACUGAGUUAGCAACUUUUGGUGAGAAACUAAUUUUAGGUGCAGAAAAAGGAGAAAAAGAAUGCUCAAUUCCCAUUUUGGGUUGCCUGAUAAAAUUCAAAGUAAGCUAUCACUAUAAAUGCUGAACACAUUUAAGGAAAAAGUAUUCAAUUCCGACCUUCAAUUUUGUAACUUAAUGAAACCUCCACAUUGAUUAUUUUCAAUUCCUCCACCAUGAAUCCAUUAUCUCCCUUGUCCAACCAUUCCCCCAAUAGCUAUUUAAGCAAGAAGAG